AUGAAAGGACAUGCAGCUUUUUACACCAGGACCCACUUCAAAAACCCUCCUAUGACCACCGACCUCACCAAAACGCCCUCCCAAAUGGAACAUGCCAUGGAAACCAUGAUGUUUACAUUUUACAGACUGGCUGCGAACAAAUGCUACUUAACAAAGACGGACCUGAGAGUACUCAUAGAAAAGGAGUUCCCUGGAUUUUUUUUGAUAAUCAAAGAUUCUCUGGCUGUGGACAUGAUCAUGAAACACCUGGACCAGCGCAGAGAUGGCAAAGUGGGCCCCCAGAGCUUCUUUUCACUAAUUGCGGGCCUCGCCACUGCGAGCAAUGAUUAUUUUGUAGUACACAUGAAGCAGAAGGGAAAGAAGUGA